UGAAAAAAAAAACAGUUUUGUGGUACACUACACAAGAUGAUUACUCAUUAAUUAUUAUGGAGAGAGCCGUUUUUUCUUUUUCUUUUUCAUUUUUUUUUUUUUUUCAUUUUUCACAAUGCCCUUGUAAUUUUAUCAUAAACCACCUUUUUAAUAUACGAUAUCUGUUAAACUGAUAAACUAGACACUUUGGUGCUUUGAUAGCUAUUUGUCUCUCUGGUUUGUUUCCCAAUAGUCUCAACUGUACAAACUGAGAGAGAGAAAGAGAGAAAUAUAAGUUGCAAGAAACGAGGAGUGGAAGAGAUUAGAAUAGCUAGGGUUUGAUUUAAUUUCAUCGGGAAGGAAACAAGUUGCAGAGGUACACGUUAACCCCUUCCGCGUGCAGCCCUUCUUUCUUUCUUUCUCUAUUUAUCUCUGUCUUGCCCUUUACAGUAUAUAUGUGAUUUUAUGUAACAAAAAGACACAGAGAGAGACUAGAGAGACUACUGUUUAUUAUGUAUAGCAAGGGAGAAAAGAAAAAGUACACAUUUCCGAGGGAGACCUGUCUGAUCUGAUUAUCUACCUUUUUACAGUAAAACCAGGCCAACACAUAUUUUAGAGGGAAAAUCACCUCCUCAAUCAAUAAAAAAAAGUAAUUAAAACAAAACAAAACCCUGUUUGUAAUUUUUUUUUUCUUUCUUUUGAUCAGUAGCUAUAGCUAAUAGGAUAGCAGGCAAACCCUGCAAACUUUAGGAUUUUCUGUAAAAAGACUCAGUUUUUUAGCUUAAAACCCGGGAGAACUAUAGCUUGAUAGGGGAACAGGGAGAAAAAUGGAAAUUAUUAUAUUAUGGGUUUUAGAUUAAUUAGUUAAUACAUAUAAUCGUGUGUGUAUAUAUGUUUUAUAUAAAUGGAUCAGUUUGGGGAGAAGAAGAAUAGUAAUACUAGUAAUAGUUCGAUGUUGAUGAUGAUGAUGAAUAAAAAUAGGGAUAAUAACAACAACAACAUGCCUCUAUCUUUCACCACUGGAAACCAAAGAGUCACCGGCGCCGAGAUCAAUAUUAAUCCUCAAGACUACAGUAAUAGUGGCAAUGAUGGUAAUAAUAAUAACAGUAAGAAUUUCUACACUACCCAUGAGAACAGCACCAACAACAACACUACUAAUCUUUCUUCUGCAAAAAUGAGAGGCAAGAUUAUGGCACAUCCUCUCUUCCCUCGUCUCUUGACCGCCUAUGCCAAUUGUCAAAAGGUAGGGGCACCUCCAGAAAUGGUGGCUAGGUUAGAGGAGGAGUUUAAUUAUAAUUUGAAUAAUAUUUCAAGAAGUAGUACUACAACAAGUGGGGGUUGCUCAUCAGAUAAUCAACCAGACCCAGCUCUGGACCAGUUCAUGGAAGCUUAUUGUGAGAUGCUGAUCAAAUAUGAAGAAGAGCUUACAAAGCCUUUUAAAGAAGCCAUGCUCUUCCUCUCAAGAGUAGAGUGCCAGCUAAAAGCCCUAACCGUUUCUUCAACCUCAGAUUCUCCUGAAGAAGAAUUGGAUGAUCAUCAUAUGAAUGAUGAUGAAGAUGAUGGUGAUGAUGGUGGUGGUGGUGGUUUAAUAGAUCCUCAAGCAGAAGAUAAGGAGUUGAAAGUUCAGCUGUUGCGCAAGUACAGCGGAUACCUUGGGGGUCUGAAGCAGGAAUUUCUUAAGAAGAAAAAGAACGGAAAGCUACCUAAGGAAGCCAGGCAACAGUUGCUCGAGUGGUGGAGUAGACACUACAAGUGGCCUUAUCCUUCUGAGGCUCAAAAACUGGGUCUGGCAGAAAGUACAGGGCUGGAUUUGAAACAGAUAAACAACUGGUUUAUAAACCAGAGAAAACGGCACUGGAAGCCAUCGGAGGACAUGCAAUUCGUGGUGAUGGAUGCUGCUCACCCAGCUCACUACUACAUGGACAAUAUCAUCUACAAUCCUUUCUCUAUGGAUACAAUCCUUUGAUCCUAUCAUGAUGCAAAAUCAAUUUCUUACUAUAUAUAUCUACAAAGUAUAUCAUUGGGUUUGUGUUGAUGUAUCUUUAUUAACUUAUAAUUAGCUAGACUUCCCCAUAUGAUGACUGUGAUGAUAUACAUGAGUCUUUAAUUAAACAUUACACUCUUUUUAAUAUACCCAACAAAUUUGUGUGAUCUUCUUUUUGUAAGGGGAGACCUAUAAUAUAUAUUGACUAACUAAUUAUAGCUUUAUUA